CUUCAAAAUACGUGAUUCCUUCAUCACAAGUAUUCGCGAUAGAGCAAGCGCUACUUCCAAAACAUGGCUGCCCCCGGUACAACUGUCGUAAUUGAUAACGGAUCGGAUACGAUCAAAGCAGGGUUUUCUGGAGAUAAUGUCCCAAGGAACAUUUUUCCAUGCCUUGUGGGAAAACCUAGGCAUGGGGCAAGAAUGUUUGCAAGAGGUCAAAAGGACAGUUUUAUCGGACAAGAAGCGCAGCAGAAGAGAGGUUUACUCGCUGUCGAGAGUCCCAUUGAGAAUGGCAUCAUUACAAAUUGGGACGACAUGGAACUGAUUUGGAAUCACACUUUCCAAAAUGAGCUGAGAGUUUCACCCAAAGAGCAUCCAGUUUUGCUAUCUGAGGCUCCGAUAAAUGUUAAAGUCAACCGCGAAAAAAUGGCUCAAAUUAUGUUUGAGACCUUCAACUCUCCAGCUAUACAUAUAGGCAAUCAAGCUGUGUUGUCCCUGCAUCACUAUGGUAAAACUAGAGGUGUGGUAAUGGAUUCCGGAGAAUGUGUAUCCCAUGCAGUGCCUAUCUACGAUGGCCGUGUCGUGCCCAACGCAAUACUACGUUUGAAUAUGGCAGGCAGAGAGCUAACAAGUCACCUUUCUAAUCUAUCUAAGAAACGUGGAUAUUCCUUUACAUCGUCCAUCGAGUUUGAAAUCAUGCGCAAUGUCAAAGAAGGUCUUUGCUUUGUCGCUCUAGACUUUGCGCAAGAAAUGAAGACUAAAUCAGAGAAAACCUAUGAACUUCCUGAUGGGCAAGCUGUUACUUUGGGCGAUGAAAGAUUUCGCUGCCCUGAGGCUUUGUUUCAGCCUUCGGCCUUGGGAAAAGAGGGAGAUGGUAUCCACAAAAUGGUGCACAAUGCCAUCAUGAAGUGUGAAGCAGACAUCAGACGAGAUCUGUUCGCGAACAUCGUUCUCUCUGGGGGAUCUACCAUGUUCCCAGGAAUGGCCGAACGUAUGCAGAAGGAAAUUUCCGCUCUUGCUCCUAGCAAUACAGAAAUCAAAGUUCUGUCUUCCCCGGAGAGGAAGUACUCUGUAUGGAUUGGCGGAUCCAUUCUUUCUUCCCAUUCCACCUUCAAUACUUUGUGUAUCAACAAAGUGGAUUAUGAUGAAAGCAGGCCAAGCGUUGUUCAUAAAAUUUUCUAA